AUGUGGAGGCAAGUUGUGCUCUACUUCAGGACUCACAGCUACCAUGCAGACAACUGCCAGGCAAAGGAGAACCUCCAGAAUGAAGAUGAAGCAGAUAUUAAAGCUGCACAGUGGAUUUUCAAGCAACCCAUGGGAUCAGAGAGGACGGAGAUGCGCAAACGGCAGAUGGCUGCGACCCCGGAGACCCCAGGUGCUGCUCAGGCUCAGCUCAGCACGGGAAACCGAGGCUCCAAUGCCUGCUGCUUUUGUUGGUGCUGUUGCUGCAGCUGCUCAUGUCUUACUGUUAGAAAUCAAGAAGAAGAGAGAGCAAGGAGAACAUCUCAUGAACUCCAAGCAGAGGGUAUUCCUAACUGUGAGGAAAGCCCUGCUCCCACUCUUGAAGAAGUAAAUGCCUGGGCUCAAUCAUUUGACAAGUUGAUGCUUACUCCAGCUGGCAGAAAUGCUUUUCGUGAAUUUCUACGAACAGAAUUCAGCGAGGAAAACAUGCUUUUCUGGAUGGCCUGUGAGGAACUAAAACAAGAAUCCAACAAAAGUGUCAUUGAAGAAAAAGCAAGACUAAUUUAUGAAGAUUAUAUUUCUAUCCUUUCUCCAAAAGAGGUCAGUCUGGACUCCAGAGUAAGAGAAGUUAUUAACCGAAACAUGCUGGAACCCUCACAGCACACCUUUGAUGAUGCACAGCUUCAAAUUUAUACCUUAAUGCACAGAGACUCCUACCCACGGUUUAUGAACUCUGCUAUUUAUAAGGACUUGCUUCGGUCCUUGUCUGAAAAAUCCAUUGAAGCAUAGAAUUUUUUCUUAAUUGUAUUUAUUUUAAAACAGACGGGACUCUGGGCUACAGAAAUCCACAGGGAAUUUAGAAUUUAUCAGAUAUUUACCUGAAAAUAACUCAGGCAAGUUUUACUACAGACUGAAUAAUUUAAAUCCGCACAAAGCUCUGACACAAUCAGCUAAGUACAGUUUCUGAUUAAAUUCAGUAUUACUUUGCAAAAGGAAAUGAAGAGAACAAAGAAGAAAUGUUGCUCAAAAUUGCAGUAUUUUUUCAAACACAGCAGACAAUUCAGACACAAAGCUAUUACAACUUAUGUCUGAGGUGCAAAUACCAACUGAGCAUGAAACUAAAACUGAUUUUUAAGUGGAGUGUUAGAAUUUUCUUGAAAACCAAACCAGUUUCCCCAUCCACACUGUGACCAAAGUAAAAAUAUUACUGUCAAUACUGUGUUACUCUAGGCAGUGCCAUCACACCUGGCACAGGUAUACUUCACUUGUUUUUGGUAUAUUUAAUGCAUACAUGGAAUGGAAUUGGAAUGGCAAUCUCAAUCUCAAGUUUAUGAAAGCUACUGGUUGAGAUAAUGCUGCUUAUAAAAAAAAUCCUUUGCUGAAGAAUUGUUAUUUUAGUACUAGAAUCUGCUGAAAUCAUUAAGUUCCCUUUGUUGAUGCUCAUAAAGUCAAAUUAUUUACUUCAAAGGAAAACAAGUCUGGGCAUUCAAAUUCCAAAAUAAAGCACAAGAAUUCUCACAUCUCUUUCUCUUCCCUCAGUAGGUGUUUGUAAAACCUUUCACUAUUUGCUCCCAAGAGGACAGCAAUUUCAAACCAGCUUGGGUUUGUAAAUACGAAAUUCUCCCAUUCCCUGACAGAUCUUGUAAAGUUUUCAUUACAGAUAUACACACAAUUUACUUAAUAAAAGCAGGAAGAUGGAACUUGUGUUCUUAUACAGCACUAUUUCAGACUGUCCUACAGCACCAGCUCUAUCCAGUUAUAAACCAUGUUCAUUUUACAGUAUACCCAAAGCAUUACACUUAAUUCCUGGUCAUAUCUCAAAAUCAGUAAUCACAGGAAAUACUUGGAAGAAAGUAACUUGAAUCCACAUAAACUAUCUGUAAAUCUGUUACUCUAAUGUCUUCUUUCUUUUAAACUACAAGAUUCACUACAAUUCCACUGUAUUAAACUCUGGAGUUUAUAGCGGAUUUCCACUGAAUUGUACUUUUUUCCUGUGUAUUUCUUUAAAUGAGCCAAAUGACACAUAUAGGUUUCAAAAAGACAUAUGGGAAACAGAAAGACAAAAAAAUAAAAAAAUAACUCUAGAAGGGAGAAGCAGGCAGGCAGAGUUCAGUGAUGUGUACUGUAAUGUUUCCGAAACCUAAUCUUUGCCUAAUUUCAGCAUUAUGGAAAAUACAAAAUGGGAACUUUUGCUAACAAAAAAAAAGAAAUGGGAAAAACAAAACAGAAUUUAAGAGAUCAAUUUAAUUGUUCCUUCAAUGCACUUGGCAGGAGACAGGUUGUGCCCUUACUGCAUUUGCACUUUGAAGAACAUAACAAUUUGAAUUUUUCAGUACAUAGCACCACAGGAGAAGAGCUGGUGCAUGGUAAUUUAUCAGUGCUAUGGGCUGGAUCAAGCCAGGCUGGAUGGGUACUGAGCAACCUGGUCUAGUGGAAAGUGUUCUGCCAGUGGGGUUGGUAUUAGAUUAAGGUACCUUCCCUUCCAACCCAAAUCAUUUAUCAUUCUAUGACCAGUUUUCAUCAUCUCCUUCCAACAACAAAACACUGUUCAGCAUGUCAGUACAAAAAAGUAAACUAAAAAAAACUAGAGAGAGCAAAGCAGAAUGCUUUUGCCCACUGUAGCACAGUGCUGGAUGACUGAGCUAAGAGGAAACCUUACAUAUACCACUAAAGAGACAGUUCAGUUAGUGCUUGUCACUGCUGAACCUAUCAAUGCAGGUUACCUCAACUGAGCUUCUAUUUAACACACCCAAAGCACUACCAAUACACUGUUUCAGUUUAUGUGAACUAUUACAAUGUAAGUAGUAAUUUCAACAAAACAAACUAGGUAUCUUCAAAAGGCAGCACUCAUGGGGAGCUUGCAGUCAAACAGACAAUGCUGUGUUUGUUUUAAUCAGGGUGGGUAGGAGUGCUCUAAACCUCUAAGUUCACAAAUUAAGUUUAACUAGGUCAAAUUCAGCUUGUUAGAAAGAUCAUAUGCACACAUCAAAAAAGCCUCAAAGUAUGUCACCUCAAAAAAUGAAGGAUUUAAUUUCUUUUAUGUUAUCUCUCUUCUCUGCAAAGAUACUUCAUUAAAAGCUGGAAGACAGACUGAAUACUCA